UCACAAGAAUUUUUUAUUUAUUUAAAGUGUACAUACCUGUAGGCUGAAUGUAGUUAUUAGUAGGCUGUAGCCUGUAAUCACUAAUCUCAAAUCAGUAUGUAUUUUGUCAUACAUAAGCAACUUCGAAUUCCAGAGACCAUUUUGGCGUAGCUGAUUGGCCUAUUGCCAAUGCAUACUGAUCUACAUCGAAAAGAAAAUAAUAUAAACCAGAGCGGCACAGAGAAACCUACUUCACAUUUGCGGUAGUAUUUUCGAGAGUGUUUUGAUAAAGCAAAUAUAUAUCCAACAUGAACCUCUCAGCAAACCUUGUGAAGGCCGGCAUUGUUGCGUACUCAGGCUGGAGCGCAUACUUCCUAUUCGGAGCGAAGUAUCCGGCCACUAACCCGUUCCAUGAUGAGACACUGACCCCAAAGGAGGUCUACUUGUCCACCCAUCUGGGUCUUUGCCUUGCUGAAACGGCUGCGUUUUUUGCCUGUACCACAGGUUCUGUGCGUCACAAUCCAAGAACUAUUCUUGGCCUGGGAUUAACUCUUCACAUCGCGGUCUGGGUGUACGAUUUCACCAUCACUGACAAACCUGCUUAUCGAUGGAAUAAACCUGCCUGCACCGCCGGUUCCGUCGGUUCCGUCGCUCUCAGUCUGCUUCUGAUGAAGGAAGGACUGGCGCUUUGAUUACGGGUGUCCUUGAACCAGCGUGGCCCUCCGUAUGGUUCUACCGAAAAAUUUCACUUCCGGCACUGCACGACAUUUACGGGAGUGUAAACUGGUACGGUGACUUCAAGAUAAAUAAAUGGAAACUCAAUAAGUUGAGGAUGUCUCUUUCCGAGGUAGGGCCGGAAAUAUUGAGCUUACUAUCUCCUUUGUGCAUGUUUAAGUCCUUCUAUUAAAUGGCAUGUGAGUAAUGUCCACGAUCGCAAUAUCGCACGAUCGAUUAACAGCAAGAAAACUCGAGUCUGUUGCGAUAUCGAAUCAGCCGAAAAAUGAACGAAGAAAUGGCAAUCGUAUGGCCAAAACCUGUCGUCUAGGGAUAACCAAUGCCCGGCGCAUCGGUAAUAUGACCUUCGUACUGGUAUAUGCAAUUGCAAGUUGAGGAAAAAAGGUACUAUAAGCAGACCAAAGAUAAUUUCGACAUGCGCUUUUUUAUAUAUUAGCAGGUCGCAGUUACUUGUAAUAUAAUUGGGUAAAAGUCUGGAUACACUGUUGUCUGACCUACUGCGAAUGAAGUGCAGCAUACUUAUUGCGAUUGUUGUUUCCCGUUCGCGCGGCAAUCUAAUGAUUCCUAGAAUGAGGCAAGGGCAAUAUCAACGCCUAGUAUCCUCUUAUAUGUUCCUACGCCUACAUACCAACUGCGCCAUCAAAAUAUACCUCGUAUAAAAUAUAUGGUGUUACGCUUCAUUCAGACGUGAGCUACCACUUCAAGCACUCUGGCGUCGAAAGGCCACAGUUUACACAUUGAUGUAAAUAUGGUAACGGGCGAACGGCGUUUUAACUCUGGCGAGUAUAUGCAAAUUCAAAUAACACAGCCGAGUAGAUCAGCUCGCUUACUUGUGGUAAGUGAUGAGAAAAAAUUGUGUGCUCAAGCAUUGAAACUCCUUCGUUGUCGCCGCACAUUCGGAUUAGUCGCCGACGGAUUGCUCAAAGGACUUCUUUGGCCACCCUUACUGAUCGGACUAGUCUCGCCUGAAGUUCCAGCUGAAGAUAAGCUGCGUUUAGGACUUAGAAUCGCAGUGAGGUGGCUCCCAUAGUCAUGCGACGCCGCUCGUGCGACACCGUGCUCGAAAUGGCUCGUGCAAUUGUCGAGGCUCCUUUUAGAGUCCACAUUGUGCACAUUAAGAUCCGAGCUACUGUUCUGUGGCGAUGGCAUCGGAGAGGUUCGCAAGCUGUGACGGGGUGACUUAGGCAGAGGCCGAGUAUCUACAUCGGAUAGCAAGAUACCAUCCGCAUCGCCCUUGUCAGUCACACUCGGCAACUGGUCUUCCUGGUCGAUUACUGGGCUUUCGCACUCGCAUUCAUCAUCGCAGUCGGAAUCGCACCCAAACUCAAAGUCUACGACCGGUUCAUCGUUUAUCGAAACUUCUACGGGCCAAGGACCAGCUAAAUCUACCAUUGAUCCUGUGCCAAGAUCGAUCGAAAACACCCCACUAGUUGUGUUUUUCUCGACAAUCUCCAAGAAGUGGUCAUUCGCCGAUAUUGCUCCCCAUGCCCGUUUACUGCAAGGGAUGGCUUGCUCCUGCGGAUCCCAGCGUACUCGCUUCCCCGAAGGCUUGUGAAUGAUAUUUCCAAAGAAAAGCGCACGAGAUACAACGGAAAGACCAUACCUCUCAUUGUCAUCGAUAUAAGGCUGAAGAUCAGUUACCAAUGUGCGGAAUUUGCCU